GUCGUCACGCAUCUCGGAAUGACUGGGUACCUAAUUAGGGCCUGAUGGCGGGGUUCGUCGUGGUUAAUAGAAUGUCUUCGGUUGUUUUUACUGCCUGUUAGCCUCUUUUUUUAAAGCUACCUGUCAUUUCCCUAUUUAGGGCACCCAAAGCACCGGCACCUCCUCAGAAUCUAGUACUGAAUGGGCUAGUGCAGGUGGUGCUAGGCUGAGCAGGAAUGUAGGGAGGUAUUCAGGUACCCAAGACGCCAUAGACUCCGUAAGCACACCUGGGCAACUUCAUCCGCUCAAACAAAAACAACUGCGCUUGCGGAUGGCUUCAGAUCAGCUCCCUCUCCGCGUGCCUAGGACUCGCGCCAGCAUCUACGGCAAACACACGAGAAUACGACCUGGCUUCCUAUCAACACGAGCUAGCCGUACACGCCUUGCGCGGCGUCGCUGUUUAGAGAGAGCCAAGCACGCCUUUCGAACCACCGAUGGAAUCGGUUUACCGUGUAAUAUUCAACCGGGAGCGGCAAGACGGCGACCUCCCCAGUCCAGGCGCGUCGAAGGGGGAACCAUUGUCACGACCCCAUUCCGUCAUACCUCGGCGGAAUAUAUUGCCUCGCCUUUACCCGGAAUAGCCAUCUCAAACUCUCGCGAACACACGAUCGCCCUGCCGUCAAGUCUUCUCGCUGCCCCUCUAGCCGUCCUCCAGCUCCGCAUUUCGCCGCAUGUGUCCAUUCUGCCCUCACAUGCGCUCCCACGCAAUCCUGCCACGAGGUUGUGGCCAAUCCGGGGCACGAAAACCCGGAUGCGGCUGGAAACCGACGUCGAGAGGCGUGGGUGCACAAGUUGUCCUCGGCCGGCGAGGCGCAAGUGGAUCCGUCAGGUUACUUCCUCUCAUUUUUACAGAAAAGGCGCGACAUUGCGGUGGCUCGAUCGCGGCGUCGACCUUUUCUCCGGUUCCCUCUGUUCCGGACUGACGCCUUGGAAAUAAGAAAAAUGGGGAGAUGCUUCAUGAUGUGCCCCACCGCACCUGAGAGCCGCUGUCAUCGCAUUGGCCGCCUGAGCUGCGCAGGCCGGGCGAGACCCGGAGCUUAGGUAGGGGUAGGGUAUGGCCAGCCUGCGCGGUUGACGAACCAAACAAUCUCUGCCCUCCACUCAUCUUCGUCGGACGGCGCCUCAUUGGCAAAUCCGAGUUGUCUACGCAGUCAUCUGGGAGCGUUAAAGCUGCCCCCUUGCUGGUCGCUACCAGCCUCAGCUCGUAUUUCUUUCUAUUCUUGGUGUCUUGGCUGCUUGAGCCACAGACGGGAUCACCCCUGCUUCUACCACCGCGAGGGCAGCUCUCCCUAUAAUCCCGCCCACGAUUUGCCCAGCUGUGUGUGUGAAGGCCCCCCAUACAUAUGUAGGCCUGCGCAAAUAUUGAUCCGACAGAUCGUUCCAGGCCUCAUUUUGAUUCGUCACUACUACCUGGCACGACGUGUCGGCUCGUAGUGUAUAAUCAGCUCCGCCUUUGUGGAAACCUGGUCGGUCUUUUUCGUGGACUUCUGUUGUGGACUUCUGUCGGGUCCGUGGAUGGCUUGACGGGGGACUUUCCGAUAGAGCGACCCCAUUCCUCCACACAUCAAAACACGGCAAAGUGAUUUUCAGCAUCCAAAAUAUGCCAAAAUAUGCC